CGGGGGAACCGGGGCCCCUUUCACCAAGGGAGCUCGAACGGCUGCUUCACUUCUUUAUUUCUCAAAGACCCAACCCCGAGUGCCAGAAAUUAAUAAAGGGAAAGGCUAGAGUUUUCCUUGCUUUGUGUUUUAUGCAGCUGCAACACGAUCGUCCCCCGGGAUCGCCUUUCCUCCGCACAGGCUGGGUGCACGCCGUCAGCCCUGGGUGCUGGGCAGUAACCCAACCCCGCAGACCCAGAUACAGACGCUGCCCCGCGAGCCUCUGCCGGGGAGAAACCGCCGUGACUGCAGACCCUGCCGCGGGGAGAACUCCCACCGCCAUGCAGCUGACACCCUGCAGGCUCCGGACUCACCAGUGGUGCUUCAUUCUCUUUAACGUCUUGCUUUUCCACGUGCUGCUCUUUGGAGCAGAUUUACUGGAGGAAUACUUCCUGCGGUCAUUGCCUCUUUCUUACACUGACGCAAAGACUCUGGAAAUCAGGGAGAGGGCCAGGAAGCUCCAUAUGGAUCCUCUAAAGGCCAAUCUCUCUUUCACCAUCAGCAACGCAGCAACAUGCUCUGAUCGAGAGAUAUUUUUGCUCGUUCUUGUCUGCAGCAGCCCAGAAAACAGGACAAGGCGCAACGUGAUCAGGCAGACAUGGGGCAACGUGACAAAUGCCAGAGGUUACACUGUCCUUACCCUGUUUGCUUUAGGGAAGCCGGCGUCAGUAACCACCCAGCUGGAGAUCAAUGAAGAGGCUGAGAAGCACAGAGACAUCAUUGAAGGCAGUUUCAUCGAUUCUCCCAAGACGCAGACACAGAAGAUGUUGAUGAGUGUGGAGUGGACGGUGACUUUCUGUCCCCAGGCCAGGUAUAUUCUCAAAACAGACGAAGACGUGUUUGUCGGUAUUCCAAGUCUGGCUGGAUUCUUGCUGAGCUUAACACAACUAGAGGACGUUUACAUUGGGAGAGUCAUUCAUCACGCAGUGCCUGACAGAGCCCCCCAAAGCCCCGGCUUUGUCCCCGUCCAUCAAUACCCAGAAGAGUUUUACCCGGAUUACUGCGACGGGAGCGCUUUCAUCAUGUCCCAGGACGUUGCUCGCAAGGUGUACGUGGUUGCCGAGGAGGUGCCGGUUUCGGUGCCCCCCGAUGUCUUUGUUGGAAUCUGUGCUGGAAACGCUGGCGUCACUCCCAUUCACAGCUCACGGUUUUCUGGGGAGAAGCACAUCAGCUACAAUCGAUGCUGCUAUAAAUUCAUUUUCACCUCUUCCGACAUGAAAGAGGACGAGUUAUUUAAAGACUGGAAGGAGACCAGCGGUGGGGGAGAUUGCUCGUUACUGGAGACUUACUACGGUCUGGUGUCCUGCAAGGUUCUGACCUAUAUUGAUAAGUUCAAACAGUUUAACUUAGAUAGAAUUAAAAAUGAGGUUCUUCAUUUUGCUGAUUAGGAUAUAGCUUUUGUGAAAAAAGUCUGAAUUUUCUUUUACCUGCUGUUUCAUCCUGUUAACAUUCAGUAAUAACGACCUCCUCUCAAAGUUCGCGCUCUUCAACAGCAAAUUAAUUCCCAGUGUUAUGGUGUGUUAUAGAAGCAAGAGAACUGGGUGUACUCUGGCUACGUAAGUACCUACAAGUGCAUGCAUACAAGUAAAAAAAGAGUAUUCCGAGGAA